AUGGUCAUUAAAGAAGUUUACUUUCAGUUGCCAAAACAGGGUAAGUUGUUGUUGUGUUGUGAUGAUGCAUCUAGAGGAAAUCCAGGGUAUGCUGGUUAUGGUUUUGUGGGAAGACUCAGCUCUGGUGAUUUUUUAAUUGCUAUUUCAGGGGGACUGGGUAUAUCAACUAAUUAUUAUGCAGAGAUUUUUGCAAUCUUAAUGGCAGGAGAGUGGGCAAUACAUCAUGGAUUUAAAGACCUGGUAUUCAGAACAGAUUCACAAGCAGUCAUUAAUGCAUUCCAGAGUAACAAUCUUCUAUGGUUUGCAAUCACAAGAUGGGAGAAUAUCUGUGUUGAAGUAAUAUCUUGGAGCUUUAAGCAUAGCUACAGAGAAGUAAAUUUCUCUGCUGAUAAAGUUGCAAAGAGAGGUGCACUAUUAGGCAGAGGUGAACAAAGUGUAUAUGAAAGAAAACCAUCUUUUGUGAGCUGUCUGGAAAAUCCAAACAGGUGUAUUUUUGAUUUUGUUAGGAAUCUGCUAUGA